AUGAACUUUCUCGUGUGCAAUGAACUUAUAUUUACAUUUAUUGAAAUUCUAUUUGAAGAUGUCACCGAAGUUAUAUUAAAAACACCAAUCCACUUCAAAACAACUCAAUUAAUAAAAGCCAGCGAUUUCUUGAAAAAUUUCAUGAAAAAUAUCAAAACAAGACGUGUCGGCUUUGACUCGUCUGGAAAAAAAAAUGUUGCACUCUCAAAACAACAUGAGAAGAAUCAAACGAUUCAAGGUAGUCUAAAACAGAUGAGAUGA